CCCCCCCCCCCCCCCUUUUUCCUUCUCUCUACACCAAUCUGCUAGAAACCCUAGCCUCCCUCCCUCCCUCAGUCCGUCGUCGCCGUCAUUCCCGUCGUCUCCAACUCGCCUUCAUCCCGUCAUCCUCAGAAACACUAAAAAUCAAGAUGUAAAAAGAUUAUGUGAGUUGUAAUGUCGGUACAACCCAAGGGGUUGGCGACUCCUCUUCUAUUCCAUUGGAUGUAGAGGAGCUUGGGAGUCUUCCAAUCCCUUCAUCCACACAUACACAACAUCCUAUGCGUUUCAUCUGCCCUAACCCAAUAAAUCCAAAAAAACACCUGAGUCAGGAGAUGCCGAGAUUGAGAAGAAGGAGAAUCAAUUGGAAGUCCACUGAAAGGUUUGUGUGGAAAAGUAAGGAGUAGAAAAUGAAGAGACAUAGAAGAUGAAGGAAACAGUUUCUGGAAAGUUAAAAUCAAUAAGGCAUGGGAAACAAGAAGAAGGCUGCUUCAAUUUUCAUACGACUUGUAUCAACUGCCGGGACUGGGUUCUUCUAUGUGAAGAGGAAACCUACUAAGAUCACCGAGAAGCUGGAAUUCAGGAAAUAUGAUCCUCGGGUUAAUCGUCAUGUUUUGUUCAAGGAAGCAAAAAUGAAGUGAGAAAUACAUCUCAGUUUUUCUCAUAUACUCUUAUUGGUCAAACUUCUGUUUCUUUUUUCUGCAGACAGUUCUGAUUGAACUUGCGAUAAAUUAAGUAUAAUUUGUUGUUGAUGAAUGAUGAUGCUUUUAUUGCAUUAA